CAGCUCUACAGUCUCUUCCUCUCUCCAAGGACAGAGUCUGCUCUCCUCACUUCCUGGCCUCACCAUGACCAGUACCCUCAGUUAUGCGUCCUCAGGGAGAUCCUUCAGUGGUGGCUCCUUCAGGGGUCCUGGUCGCUCCUCCAUUGGUGUCGGCGGUGGUAGCAGAGGUGUCGCGCUGGUCGGACGUGCUCCCAGCAUGCACGGAGGCUCUGGAGGAUAUGGUGUGCGCAUCUCCACCGCCUCCAUGAGAAGUGGUGGUGGUGGUGGAGGGUAUGGCUUAGGAGCUGGAGGUGGAGGGGGAGCAGGCUUAGGCUUAGCAGCUGGAGGUGGUGGUGGUUGGGGAGCAGGCUUUGGCUUAGGAGCAGGAGGUGGAGGUGGAGGGGGAGCAGGCUUUGGCUUUGGUGGAGGCUUUGGAGGAGGUGACCUGAGUGCAACAGCCAAUGAGAAGGCCACCAUGCAGAACCUGAACGAUCGCCUGGCCUCCUACCUGGAUCAGGUGCGCGUCCUAGAGAUGAGCAAUGCUGAUCUUGAACUAAGGAUCAAAGAGUACCUGGGGGGUAAGACCGCCCCCUCUUCCAGAGAUUACUCGAACUAUGAGGCCACCAUCAAGGAUCUGCAAGAUAAGAUCCAGGAUGCAACCAGAGUAAAUGGAGGCCUCUACUUGAGCAUUGACAAUGCUAAACUGGCAGCAGACGACUUCAGAACCAAGUAUGAGAAUGAACUCUCUAUGCGUCAGUCAGUGGAGGCCGACAUUGCUGGGCUGAAGAGGCUCCUGGAUGAGCUGACACUGGCCAGGUCAGACUUAGAGAUUCGAAUCGAAGGCCUGAGGGAGGACAUAAUCUACCACAAGAAAAACCAUGAGGAGGAAAUGGCAGCAAUGCGCACUCAGAUGUCUGGCAACGUGAACGUCCAGGUGGCAGCAGCACCCGGUGAAGAUCUGAAUCACAUUCUGUCUGAAAUUCGAGAGCAGUAUGAAAAUAUGGUUUCCAAGAACCAGCGUGAACUCGAUGCCUGGUUCCAGACCAAAAAAGAGACUUUGGGCAAAGAGGUGGCAGCCAGCGCAGCAGACCUCAACACGUCCAAAUCAGAAGUCACAGAGAUCAGACGGACUUUGCAAAGUCUGGAGAUCGAGCUACAGUCCCAACAAACCAUGAGAGAUGCUCUGGAGGGUACUCUAGCAGAAACAGAAUCACGCUACUCUGCGAAACUAGGUAGGAUGCAGGCGAAUAUCACCGGAAUAGAACAGCAGCUGCAGGACAUCAAAGCUGAAAUAGAGCGGAAAGACCAGGAGUACAGAAUGCUGCUGGACAUCAAGACCCGCCUUGAGAUGGAGAUUGCUGAGUACCGGAGGCUGCUUGAUGGAGAAAUUGGCGGCGGUGGUGGAGGAGUCAGUUUGAGCAGUGUCAGCAGCGUGAGCAGUGUCAGCAAUGCCAGCAGUACCAGUACUGGCCCCACUCGUACUGUGAAGGUGAAGACCAUUGUGGAGGAGGUGGUUGAUGGGAAGGUGGUGUCCUCCUCCUCCACCACUGAGUAAACCCAGGCUGACGCCAUUAAAGAUCAUGAAACGAUCCACAACUGUCACUUCAGGCAACUGAACAAGAAAAUAAAUAAAACAGUUCAUGCAAAAUGA